AGAAAGAAAGAAAUGGCUAUUGUUGCUAUUAAUUCACUUAUGAUCACCAUACAACAAUCAAUGCAAGUAACUGGAUGUAAUUUGCAAUCGUUCUACGAAAAGCUUGAAUCGUUGAUAGCUAUUAAGGAGAAGCCUUGCAGCAUAACAGGCGAUCUCGAGGCAUUGGCAAGCUUGGAAGUAAAAAUCGCGGAGGUUGCAUACAGAGCAGAAGAUGAGAUUGACUCUAAAUCAAUAAAAGUUAUACGCGCAAAAACAGAUACUUUGCGAGGGAAGGCUUUUUGGAAACUGUGUUGUUUCUUGGAACAAGUGGUAGAACACAUUGAUUCCAUCAUGAAGGAGUGGAUGGCAAUCUGGGACGGGUGCAGCAACAUCAAAGAGUAUUUGAUUGUCUCAGAAUCGAGCAAAAGUUUUUUGGCAAAAACUAAAAUGAGACAAGGACUAGCGUUUUGGAAACGAGCAGUAGGACACAUUGAUUCUAUGAUAAACAACUGGAUGAUGAAGCAGAGAAUGUACACCAAAAGCAAAGAUGGAGAAGCACAGAAUUUGACUCUUGCCAGUACAUCUCGACAUUCCUUGGAGCAUGAGAAUAUGAUGGUUGGCCAUGAAAAUGAAUUCGAGAUGAUGCAGGACCAACUUACUAGAGGUGCCAGUGAUCUAGAAGUUGUCUCAAUUGUUGGGAUGGGGGGCAUAGGCAAGACAACUUUGGCUAACAAAAUUUUCUGUGACCCAUUCGUUAUGUCUUGUUUUGAUAUACGUGCAAAAGUCACCAUCUCACAAGAGUAUUGUGUGAGAAAUGUACUCUUAUGCCUUCUUUAUUCCGUACGUGGAAAGACUGAUGCUCAAACUUAUGUGGAGCAAAAUGAUGGGCAACUAGCAGACCAAUUGCAAAAGCUUCUAAAAUGCGGGAGAUACUUGGUAGUCAUUGAUGACAUAUGGACUAAAGGAGCUUGGGAUGAUAUAAAACUAUGUUUCCCAGAUUGCAACUGUAGAAGCCGAAUACUCAUGACUACUCGGAAUAUGGAGGUGGCUGAAUAUGCUAGCUCAGGUAGGCCUCCUUAUCAAAUGCGCCUUAUGAAUUUUGAUGAAAGUUGGAGUUUAUUGUAUGAAAAGAUCUUUGCGAAAGAUUGUUUUCCCCCUGAAUUUGAUGAAGUUGGGAAACAAAUUGCAUUAAAAUGCAAAGGAUUACCUCUAACGAUUGUUGUUAUAGCUGGACUUCUUUCCAAAAUUGGUAAAGCAUUGGAUGAAUGGAAAAGUGUUGCCGCGAAUGUAAGUUCAGUGGUGAACACAGAUCUUGAUGUCCAAUGCAUGAGAAUAUUGGCUUUGAGUUACCAUCACUUGCCUCAUCACCUAAGAGCGUGCUUUCUAUAUUUUGCACUCUUCCCGGAGGAUAAAUUGAUUUUUGUGAAUAAACUUGUGAAAUUAUGGUCAGCAGAAGGUUUUCUGAAGGUAGACGAGACGAAAAGCAUGGAACAAGUGGCUAAACAAAGUCUAAAAGAUCUUGUAGAUAGAAGUUUAGUUUUCAUCCAAAGGGUGAGUAGUUUUGAUGGAAAAAUAAAAGCUUGUGGAAUGCAUGAUGUGAUCCGUGAACUCUGCUUGAGAGAAGCUCGAAAAAUAAAUUUUGUGUAUGUUAUAAUGGACAAUCAAAAUCCAACUAAACAAGCCAGACAUUUUUCAACAAAGAGAGCUCGGAUCAGUAUCCAAUCGAAAAUUGUUCGCAAGCGGUUGCCUAUGGUUUGCAAUAAUGAUUCCUGCUCAAUUCUUCGUUUUGUUGAUGAUCCCUCAAGCUCAAGAAUGAUGCAAGAAUUGAAGAGCUCAAGAAUGAUGGAAGCAUUGAAGCGUUUCAAGGUACUAAGAGUCCUAGAUCUUGCUUCGCUGACGUUGAAUGCUUUUCCCAGUUGUAUAGUUGAACUGUUUCAUUUGCGAUACCUAGCUCUGAGAGUUUACUCAUCCACUAAUGAUCGGGGUAUUGACAUUCCACCAUCAAUAGCUAGACUUCAGUAUUUGCAAACUUUAAUACUUAAGUCUCCAACAUCUCUCGCGUGGAGGUUUUCUCGCCCUUUCAUAUUACCAUCAGAAAUUUUCAAAAUGUCUCAAUUGAGACACCUCUCUUUAGACUGGAAUUACUUGAAGCAACAUGAGUCUAUAGAGAGAAGUUGGCUUCUGAGAAAUUUGCAGUGUUUGUCCGGAUGGAAUCCGUUAUAUUGUACUUCUUCGGUCUUUAGACUACUUCCCAAUGUAAAGAAGCUGCAGAUAUAUGGCAUUCAAGAAUACUACAUCAGAAGUAGCAAGGACAAGAUCUUCCAUAAUCUUUGCUACUUAGAUCAGCUUAAGGAAUUGAAAUUUAAGACGAAAAGGAUGGUUAAUGCAACACCAAUGUUUCUUCCUCCUCUAGGUACAUUUCCGAAGAACCUUAAGAAGUUAGCUUUUACAGGUACUCGGUUGCAUUGGGAAGAUUUGGAGAUUCUUGGUAAGUUGCCUAAACUCGAGGCCCUCAAACUAGGAUAUGAUGCCUGCAUUGGUACUGAUUGGGAAGUAGGUGAGGAAGGCUUUCCACACUUGAAGUUCUUGCGAUUGAAGCGUUUGUACUUGCAUAAAUGGAGAGCUAGUAGUGAUCACUUUCCACGACUUGAACGACUAGUCAUUAACCGUUGCUGGAGCAUGUAUUCGAUCCCGCAGGACUUUGUAGACAUAACCACACUUCAGCUGAUUCAUAUAAGUGACUCUGCAAAAUCUGUUGGGAACUCCGCCAAGAAGAUUCAGCAGGAAAUUGAAGACAACUAUGGAAGUUCUGUUGAGGUCUGUAUCAGUUAGUCCUUUCAAUUAAGCCUAUCUCUUUAGUUGAUUUAAAUUGUAUUCGCUUGUCCAACUUAUGAGAUAGAACAUUAACCAUACCAUUUCAAGUUAACGUGCCAUCAGGAGACCACUUUUUUCAUCA